AUCUUAUUUUUAAUCUUAUGCGUAUUUCAAUAAGAAUGUCUGGAACUCCUGUUAAUAUUAUUGUAGGUUCACAUGUUUGGGUGGAAGACCCAGAAGUAGCCUGGAUUGAUGGACAGGUUAUAAAAAUCAAUGGAAAAGAAGUUGAGGUUGAGACUAGUGAUAGGAAGAAGGUUGUUGCACAACUAUCAAGAAUAUAUCCAAAAGAUACAGAAGCUCCUGCCGGAGGAGUUGAUGACAUGACAAAGCUAUCUUAUCUGCAUGAGCCUGGAGUUUUGCAGAAUCUGAAAAGCAGAUACGAACUAAAUGAAAUCUAUACUUAUACUGGAAAUAUUCUCAUCGCCAUCAAUCCAUUUCAAAGACUGCCUCAUAUUUAUGAUUCUCACAUGAUGCAACAAUAUAAGGGAGCACCUUUUGGAGAACUAAGUCCUCAUGUUUUUGCCGUUGCUGACGUUGCAUACAGGGCAAUGAUUAAUGAAGGGAAAAGCAAUUCAAUUCUGGUCAGUGGUGAAAGUGGAGCAGGUAAAACUGAGACCACAAAAAUGCUCAUGCGAUACCUUGCCUACUUAGGUGGACGGGUUGCCACUGAAGGACGAACAGUAGAACAACAAGUUCUUGAGUCUAAUCCAGUCCUUGAAGCAUUUGGUAAUGCUAAAACUGUUAGAAACAACAAUUCUAGCCGUUUUGGUAAAUUUGUUGAGAUCCAGUUUGAUAAGCAUGGAAGAAUCUCAGGAGCUGCCAUCAGAACUUACCUUCUAGAACGAUCUCGUGUUUGCCAAGUUUCCGACCCAGAACGCAACUAUCACUGUUUUUAUCUUCUUUGUGCUGCACCUCAGGAGGAAAUUGAGAAGUACAAGUUGGGACACCCUAAAACAUUUCACUAUCUCAAUCAGUCAAAUUGCUACGAACUGGUUGGUGUAAGUGAUGCCCAUGAUUACCUAGCCACAAGGAGAGCCAUGGAUAUUGUUGGAAUUAGUGAAAAGGAUCAGGAAGCAAUUUUCAGAGUUGUUGCUUCAAUCCUUCAUAUUGGCAAUAUUGUUUUUACUAAGGGGAAGGAAGUUGAUUCAUCAAUUCCAAAAGAUGACAAGGCCAAGUUCCAUCUUCAGACAACAGCAGAGCUUCUCAUGUGUGAUGCUAAGGCCUUGGAAGAUGCAUUAUGUAAACGUGUCAUGAUCACACCUGAAGAAGUCAUAAAGCGAAGUCUUGAUCCUCAAAGUGCAGCAAUUAGCAGAGAUGGUUUAGCUAAGACAAUUUAUUCAAGGUUGUUUGACUGGUUGGUGGACAAAAUUAACAGUUCAAUUGGACAAGAUCCUAACUCAAAGUCUUUGAUUGGGGUCCUUGAUAUCUAUGGUUUUGAAAGCUUUAAGACUAACAGUUUUGAGCAGUUCUGUAUUAAUUUCACAAAUGAGAAGCUACAACAGCAUUUCAAUCAGCAUGUGUUCAAGAUGGAGCAAGAAGAGUACACAAAGGAGCAGAUUGAUUGGAGUUACAUUGAAUUUGUGGAUAAUCAAGAUGUGUUGGAUCUCAUUGAAAAGAAACCUGGAGGAAUCAUUGCUCUGCUAGAUGAAGCUUGCAUGUUCCCAAAGUCAACUCAUGAGACAUUUGCCAACAAGCUUUAUCAGACAUUUAAGGUUCACAAGCGCUUCAUCAAGCCAAAAUUGUCUCGAACAGAUUUCACCAUUUCUCAUUAUGCUGGGGAAGUCUUGUAUCAAUCUGAUCAAUUUUUGGAUAAAAACAAAGACUAUGUGGUUCCUGAACACCAAGAUUUGUUGAGUGCUUCUAAAUGUUCAUUUGUGGCAGGGCUUUUCCCUCCACUUCCAGAAGAGACAUCCAAAUCAUCAAAGUUUUCUUCAAUAGGCUCUCGUUUUAAGCUGCAAUUACAAUCCUUAAUGGAGACAUUAAAUUCUACAGAACCUCACUACAUCAGAUGUGUAAAGCCAAAUAACCUAUUAAAGCCUGCUAUAUUUGAAAAUGUCAACAUCAUGCAACAAUUGCGCUGUGGUGGUGUUUUAGAGGCAAUCAGAAUUAGUUGUGCUGGAUAUCCUACGCGUCGUGCUUUCUUUGAAUUCAUCAAUCGCUUUGGGCUUCUUGCACCGGAAGGUUUGGAGGGAAACUAUGACGAAAAGACGGCCUGCAAAAAGAUUUUAGAAAAGAUGGGACUUAAAGGAUUUCAGAUAGGUAAAACCAAAGUAUUCUUAAGAGCUGGUCAAAUGGCAGAAUUAGAUGCACGGAGAGCAGAGGUGCUCAGUAAUGCCGCCAAAAUUAUUCAGCGCCGAAUCCGUACUCAUUAUGCUCGAAAACAGUUUAUUGCAUUGCGGAAGGCUGCUGUUCAUGUGCAGGCUCUCUGUAGAGGAAGAUUGGCUUGCAAACUUUUUGAGAAUAUGAGACGAGAGGAUGCUGCUAUAAAGAUUCAGAAGCAUGGACGAAGAUACCAAGCCAGAAAGGCCUAUAACAAACUCCACUUAUCUGCACUUGUCAUACAGACAGGUUUAAGGGCAAUGGCUGCACGUAAGGAAUUCAGAUUCAGGAAGCGAACUAAAGCUUCCAUCAUCAUUCAGGCUCGAUGGCGUUGCCAUAAAGCGGCCAAAUACUAUAAGAAGCUCAAGAGAGGGUGUAUAUUGUCACAAACCAGGUGGAGGGGAAGAAUUGCGAAAAAGGAGCUUAGAAAACUCAAAAUGGCUGCAAGGGAAACAGGUGCACUAAAAGAAGCAAAGGAUAAGCUUGAAAAGAAAGUGGAGGAACUCACAUGGCGUUUGCAAUUGGAAAAGCGUUUGAGGACUGACAUGGAAGAAGCAAAAGCUCAGGAACUAGCAAAAAUGCAGAAUUCGUUACAAGAGAUGCAGAGCAAAAUUGAUGAAGCAAAUGCAUUGCUUGUCAAAGAACGAGAGGCUGCAAAGAAAGCCAUUGAAGAAGCACCUCCUGUUAUCAAAGAGACACAGGUUUUAGUUGAAGAUACUAAACAAGUUGAAUCUCUAACAGCAGAAGUGGGGAGCCUACAGGCCGCAUUGGAAUCGGAAAAACAAAGAGCCGAUGAUGCUGAAAGAAAAUACUAUGAAAUACAAGAACUGAGUGAAGACAGACAAAAAAAACUAGAAGAAGCAGAGAAAAAGGUUCAUCAACUCCAGGAAUCCUUAAGCAGGCUAGAAGAGAAGCUCACUAAUAUAGAAUCAGAGAAUCAAGUACUAAGGCAACAGGCUGUCUCCAUCGCUCCCACUAAGUUCCUUUCAGGCCGCUCCAGAUCAAUUUUACAGAGGGGUUCUGAAAGUGGUCAUCUAGAAGGAAGGGCUGGUAUGGAUCUGCACAGUCCCUCAUUAAUCCAAAGGGAACUUUCUGAAGUGGAAGGGAAACCACAAAAGUCAUUAAAUGAGAAACAACAGGAGAACCAGGAGUUGCUUAUUCGAUGUAUUGUACAACACUUGGGCUUUGCUGGGAACAGACCUAUCGCAGCUUGUAUCAUUUACAAAUGCCUUUUGCAAUGGAGAUCAUUUGAAGUUGAGCGUACCAGUGUUUUUGAUCGAAUCAUUACAACCAUAGGCCAUGCUAUUGAGACUCCAGACAACAAUGAUAUUUUGGCCUAUUGGCUAUCAAAUGCCUCAACCCUUCUCUUGCUACUCCAGCGCACAUUGAAAGCCAGCGGUGCAGCUGGAAUGACUCCACAACGUCGUCGAUCAUCAUCAGCCACUCUGUUUGGCAGAAUGACGCAAAGUUUCCGAGGGGCUCCACAAGGUGUCAAUAUUUCUUUAAUCAAUGGCAGCACCAAUGGGGGAGUGGAUUUACGACAAGUUGAUGCCAAAUAUCCAGCUUUGCUUUUCAAGCAGCAGCUUACAGCAUAUGUAGAAAAGAUUUAUGGAAUGAUCAGAGAUAAUCUGAAGAAGGAAAUUUCUCCAUUGCUGGGAUUAUGCAUCCAGGCACCAAGAACAUCCAGAGCAAGUUUAGUUAAGGGAUCAUCACGUUCAGUUGCUAACACCGCUGCACAGCAGACUUUGAUUGCUCACUGGCAAGGAAUUGUGAAGAGCCUUGGAAACUUCUUGAAUACACUGAGAGCAAAUUAUGUACCUCCAUUUUUGGUCCGUAAGGUGUUCAUACAAAUAUUCUCCUUCAUCAAUGUUCAACUAUUCAAUAGCCUUUUGUUGAGAAGAGAGUGCUGUUCAUUUAGUAAUGGGGAAUAUGUUAAGGCUGGAUUGGCUGAAUUGGAACACUGGUGUUAUAAAGCAACUGAUGAGUAUGCUGGUUCAGCCUGGGAUGAGCUCAAGCAUAUUAGGCAGGCUAUUGGGUUUCUGGUAAUUCAUCAGAAACCAAAGAAAACUUUGGAUGAAAUAAGCCAUGAUCUCUGCCCAGUCCUAAGUAUCCAGCAACUAUAUCGGAUCAGUACAAUGUACUGGGAUGACAAGUAUGGCACACACAGUGUGUCCCCAGAAGUAAUAGCCAAUAUGAGAGUUUUGAUGACAGAAGAUUCAAACAAUGCAGUUAGUAAUUCCUUCUUGUUGGAUGAUGAUUCAAGCAUUCCAUUCUCAGUUGAUGACAUAUCAAAGUCAGUGGAACAAAUAGACAUCCCUGACAUUGAACCACCACCGCUUAUUCGUGAGAACUCAGGUUUUAGUUUCUUGUUGCCACGCUCAGAUUAAUAAGACAUGAUUGAUGUACUUUAUCUGCGUUGGUCUCUCUUUACUGUGAAGAUGUAUUUUCAUCCUGCAACUUCUAUUGUGGAUGCCCACAAAGGAUCACCUCUCCUUCAUCUUGCCUCACAUUAGAAAUAUUGGUUCAUUCUUUUUAGCCUUUAAGGUUAUUUUGAUUCAAAGUAGGGUUUGAUUUGUUCUCUACCCAUUGUAGUUUUCAACUUCUAACUUCUAUUGUACAAGCCUAAAAACCAGAUGGUUAAGGAGAAAAUGAUGAAAAGCACAGCAAUUUUCC